AUGGAGGCCAGAGCACUCUGGCUGCUGGCGGUGGUCCUGGCCUUGGGCUUCACCAGCUCAUCUGGGGAGUACGUGGGCCUGUCGGAGAACCAGUGCACCGUCCCGGCCAAGGACAGGGUGGACUGCGGCUACCCCCAGGUCACCCCCGAGCAGUGCAAUAGUAGGGGCUGCUGCUUCGACUCCAGCAUCCCCGAGGUGCCCUGGUGCUUCAAGCCGCUGCAGGAAUCAAAAUGUACUUUUUGA